CUAACCUAAGUUGCUAGCAGGCCAUGGAGCAUGGACCACACGCACAAUCACAGUGGUUACAAGCCCCCAGAUGAGAAGCAAUUGUCUCUUCUAAUUCUGACACAAGCCAAAUUCUUGGACCAGUUUUCAGGCCCGGACUCCACCAAUCGGCGGCUACCCAAAGACCAAUAUUCCACUCCCCGACCGCACUGCCUGCCCUUCCCUUUGUUUGACAUGGAUAGAUUACGUGUCACGCUCUCCUACAACUCUCAUGAUUAUAAACCUUAGCACCCACUUUUAGUCUUCCCCAAAUGUACAGUAUCCAUAAUCCCAAAUCUUUCUUCAAAUCUUCAAUGCUCUUUUUUUAGCUCACUUUUUCAAGGAAGGAAGCAUGGCUUGCAUGAGAUAGGUUAGAACAAAUCAGAGCUAGAGAGAGGACCAGAGAGAGAGAGAGAGAGAGAGAGAGAGAGAUUUCUCUGCAGAAGAGUGAGAAUUCAGUUCAUCAACGCCCAUGAAAAGGAAGUGGCCCCAUGAGGAAGAGAGGUGUUUGAUGAUAGAGAGUGGAUCUUUGGGUUUCAGUGAGAAAGAAAGAGCUCCAGUCAGAGAGAGAAGUAGAGGGGGGGCAGUGAGAGAAAAAGGCAAAAGAAAUGGGUGAGAAUGACAAGGAGCCAGGCCCAAAGAAUUUGAAAUUGGGAAUUUAGAGAGAGAGAGAGAGAGAGAGAAAGAAAUGGAGAGAGAAGAAAAAGUAAGAGAGAGAGAGGGGAAAAAGCAGGAAUUCAUGGGGAUAAAGUUGAAACGCGGAGUGUUGGUGGGGAAAAGAGGGGGAACUAGCACUCCUUCACCCACAUGGAGAUUUGGGUUUGUUCAACCUCAACCUGCUGCUUCUGCUUCUCUUAGGCAAGAAUUCACAUUUCCCACCACCAACGCCCCCAAUCUCUCUGCUAGGAAGCUCGGUGCCAACCUCUGGGAGCUUCUGCCCCAGCUGAAGGCGGUUAGGAUGAGCAAGAGUGGCGCCGCCAGGCUGCCCUAUCGCCGCCCCCACCACCACCACCACAGGGACAAGGAUUUUCAGCUUCCCGUCCAACUGGAUGAUGAGCCUCCUGAUAGUCCCCAUGAAGAGCCAGCAAGUGCUAGUAGUUUGAAAAGACAUGUUGUGGCAUCACUAAUUCAACACCAUCGAUUACUUGACAGAGCUGGUCAUGCCCUACAACCUGUUUCUCCUGCAAGUUAUAGUAGCUCAAUGGAGGUGGCACCUUAUAAUCCUGCAGUCACCCCAAGUAGUUCUUUGGACUUUAAGGGUCGGGUUGGGGACUCAAGUUUCAAUCUUAAAACAUCCACAGAGUUACUUAAAGUACUAAAUCGCAUAUGGAGUCUUGAAGAACAGCAUGCAUCCAAUAUGUCAUUGGUGAAUGCAUUAAAACGGGAACUGGAUCAUAGCCGGGCACGAAUCAAAGAGCUACAGCGAGAGAAGCAAGUAAACCGGCAGGAAAUCGAUGACUUCAUGAAGCAAGUUGCGGAGGAUAAAAUUGCUAGAAAGAACAAGGAGCAAGAUCGGAUAAAAGCUGCAGUUCAGUCAGUGAGGGAUGAGCUAGAAGAUGAGAGGAAAUUAAGAAAACAUUCAGAAAGCCUUCACAGGAAGCUGGCCAAAGAGCUCUGUGACAUGAAAACAUCAUUCUAUAAUGCUUUGAAGGAACUUGAAAGAGAGAAAAGAGCACGAAUUUUGCUGGAGGAUUUGUGUGAUGAAUUUGCCAAGGGAAUACGAGAUUAUGAACAAGAGGUGCGGUCCUUGAAACACAAACCUGAAAAGGAUCGUGCUCAAAUGGAGAGCCCUGAUCGAUUAAUUCUCCAUCUUUCUGAAGCAUGGUUAGAUGAACGUAUGCAAAUGAAGCUUGCUGAUCAAUUCGAUCCUGCAGAAAAGGAUACAAUUGUAGACAAGUUAAGCCUUGAAAUUGAAACCUUUCUUCGCGCUAAACAUUCUGGCAGUUCUAUUAAGAGAAAUGACUUAUCCUCCAAAAAGCCAAUGGAAAGUAACUUGCACAGGCAAUCCUUGGAGUCCUUUCACUUGAAUGAGGCUGUAAGUGCUCCCCAUAAUGCUGAGGAUGAGGAGGGUUCUACUAGUGGUGAUUCAAAUUGUUUUGAAAUAAAGAGGGCUUCAAGCGGAAAGCAAAGCAAUGGCAGCUCCAAACAACACGAGGAUGAUGCCUCAGAAAGUCAUCUUAAAGAAAAAGUCAAAGCAAAACCUACAAAGAAAAAGGUCCGAUCACGAGAAAUUGUCAAGGGCCAACCCGGCUUGCAAAUGCAAUUUGAACAACAGAUGGCCGGGGCUGCGUCAUCUAAUGGAAACAGGGCCAAGCUUGUGAUUGAUGAACAGGUGGAAAUUGGAGCAGAGGAUCAAGUUGAGGCAAAGGAUGCCCAGAAGCUUGAAAAACACGAGGCCGCAAAAGGAGAGGCCGCAAAAGGAGGUACCCGUGAAAAAAAGAACAAACGUGUUGGGAACCCUAGACUGAACCCUAAUCAUAUGCUGAAUAACUUAAUUAGAAACCAUUCCUUGUCAUUGGAAGGGGCUAAACUUCAUUCAGAGAAUAACUUCACAGAAGGCUCCGAUAGUCAUUUGGCACUUCCAGGUCAUGCAAGUCCGGUACAACCAUGGAUGUCAAGAUUGACAAACCCCGACAUUGAAGCUUCUUCAGAUCAAGCUUCUUCUAGAUGGCCCCAAGGCUUGAAAGAGAACACCUUGAAGGCAAAGCUACUUGAAGCGAGGUUGGAGGGCCAGCGUUCUCACACGAAGGCAUCCAGAGGUUCUUCCUAGGCUGAUCGAACUGCUGUCCUCUUUGCUGCAACAAUCCUUCUGACAAAGAACUUCUGGUUUCUUCCGAUACCCUUGCUGCCCAGUUUGGACAUUGCACUUCUGGAACUUCUAAAUAGGUGUCAUAACUAUGUUCUGUUUGUAAUUUCGGAGUUUUGCCUGUACAUGAGAACAUAUUGUCAGACAAAUCUAGAUUUACUGAGAUCAUCUAGAAUUCAAGUAUCGUUCCACUGGUUUAAUACACUAGUUAUGAGCUCCAUCAUGGAUUUUUGCCAAUGUAUUGUCCUUGCUGCUUUGGCAGCUGUUUUCUU